UUUAUUUUUAAGAUUAACUUUGACAUUGAUCAUGAAAACAGAAGAGAGACAGUGUAGAAUUUGAGGAGAAAUUGGGCUUUGAGCCAUAUUCACAGCAUUUCUUAUGCAUUUAACAGAUCAGUAAAAAUAAAUCCAGUCCUUGAAGAUGUUCAGAGCAACCAAAAUUUCGAGUGCUGCAGGGAUAAGCAGGACUUUGAUCCCAUCCUGUAGAGUCUCCCAGCCAAUCAUGUGCAGGCAAAGUAUACAAAGGAGACCAUGUCCGUCCAAGAUCAGUGCUCCCCCUCCCUUACCAAUCCUGUGUCUACAGCCAGCUCGGUUUUACAAGACCAGUCCCAGACUGUUUAUCAGGAGAGGGGCAGGAUAUUCGGGGCUCCCCAAAACACUUCAAACUAAUUACAAGACAUCUGCUUACUUAGUUGUGAUGUGUAUGAUCAUGUUGGGAUCGGGUUUGACAAUCUUUUUUGACUUUGGGCCAUUUGAUUCUGGUGAUGACAAGAGUGUGAAAGCUGAGGAGCCUGAAGCGGUAAAGGGAACCGAGGAGGAGUCUGAGGAAAGUGAGGAAAAUAAGGUCCAGAAAAAGAAAAUUGGCUUCAGGGAAAAGAGAAUCAUAGAAUACGAGAACAGAAUCCGGGCCUAUUCUACGCCUGACAAGAUUUUCCGCUAUUUUGCCACGUUGAAAGUUCAUAGCGGUGACGAGAAAGGUUCUGGUUCAUGGGAGGUGUACAUGACUCCCGAGGACUUUGUUCGCUCCAUCACUCCGGGGAUGAAGCAACCAGAGGGUCUUGACUUGGACAAGUUUAUUAAGUUUGACCCCCAGACGGGAGAUUUUAAGCAAAUCUUGAAGAAAAAAAUCUUAACUGUCCCACGGCUGUGUCGGCUUAAGGUGAAUAGCAAAGUGGAAUGGAACCUGGGAGAAGACAGCAUCUUCUACCAGAUGGGAGAGAGUGGACUCAUCUCAUUCUCCGAUUAUAUCUUCCUGUUGACAGUCCUGUCAACACCACCAAGGAAUUUCCAGAUCGCGUUUAAGAUGUUUGACUUCAAUGGAGAUGGGGAAGUGGACAUUGAAGAGUUUGAAAAGGUUAAUGCAAUCAUUAGGAACCAGACCAGUAUCGGGAAACGUCACAAGGAUCAUAGUACAACAGGAAGUGUCAAUAAGGGUGUUGGCUCUGCCCUUCUGACCUUCUUUUUCGGCCCCGAUGGUAAAAAGAAACUGACUGUCAAAGAAUUCCUCACAUUCCAACAGAGACUACAGAAUGAAGUCCUACGCAUUGAGUUUGAUCGAUAUGAUCCACUAUAUGAAGAAAAGGGGAAAAUCUCAGAGAAGGAUUUUGGUCGAAUUCUCCUAACAUACGCAGGAUAUCCAGACCAGAAGAAAUCUCGCAUGUUGAAGAGGGUCAAGAAGAAGUACAAGGAAGAUCCAAAGGGUAUAACUUUUGAUGAGUACCUGAACUUCUGGAUGUUCCUAAAGAGCAUUAAUGAUGUGGACACUGCCCUUAGUUUUUACCACCUUGCGGGUGUCUCAAUUGAUGAAGAGACUCUGAAGCAUGUAGCAGCCACAGUGGCAGGGGUGAAGCUCUCGGACCAUGUAGUGGAACUGGUUUUCACUUUGUUUGACGAAAACGCGGAUGGACAGCUAAGCAACAAGGAGUUUGUGUCUGUGAUGAAACAGAGAGUUAUGCGUGGACUAGAAAAACCUAAGGACACUGGCUUUAUAAAACUCAUCAAUUCUGUUUUUAAAUGUGCAAAGAACACCACCACUGCCUUCCUUGACUGAAGAGCUGCUAAGAAGGGGAGAUAAUUCUCAAUGACAGAAGGGAAACUGAAUUCUGUUUUCAUUUUCUUGGAAUUCUUUCCUACCCUGUCGGAUUACAAAUCUACAAUGGAAAUGUUGAGUUUUUAUGCAGAUCUUGGCCUCUAGCUGAGUCUGUGUAUCCGUAAACCAUGAGGGCAUUUUCCUCUUUGUGAUAAGACUGUACAGUUCCAAUUGUGAUGUCCAUAUCUUUGUUCAAUAUUCUUCUUUGUGUGUGAUUCCAUUCCUACAAAUGAUACACACCUGGUCUUUUGUUUUCUGAAUUUUUAUAGAUGAGUAGAAUUUAAACAUUAAUUUCUUAUUUAUUGUGAGACUGAGCUGAUAACAGUUGUCUUUGUUGGUCAUGUACACAUGCUACUUUUGUAUAAGUGUGACAUUACAAUUUUGUACUUGUUUGCAUUCACAUAUUACAUGUAUGAUCUGUUUUUCCUUAUCCUUUUAAAUAAAGAAGUAGUAUUAGGAGUGUAGAUUUAGUGUACCUUUAGUUUGAUUAUAAGAAUAAGUUCUUCUAGAUUUUUUUUUUACAUGUAUAACUCUUGUUAAUUUUUAUGCAGCUUUACAUGUUAAUUGUCUAUGAAAUGAUGAUACCUUUUUAAAUAUAGAGUAUCCUUUUCUCAUUUGAUUGCAAAUUUUCAAGUAUAAAGUUCUAUAGCUAUCUCUAUUAUGGGAGAAAUCAGUUGUAAAUGUGCUAGCUCUUGUAGUGGUCAAGGAUUGAUAUGAGCAAGAAUGGAUUGUUAUAAAAAUUGUUAUAAAAUUUUCAAAUAUAAAAUAUCUAUAUUUAUUUAAAAUAUAAAACAUAUACUGUAGUUUAUAAUAAGUGCAGUUUAUAUCUUUGUUUUCCUAUAGAAUAGAGGUGUAGUGUAUAUUAUUGGAACUGAAUUCUUCAACUACAUUACUCCUUGGUCAACUGUUUUUUAUAUUUGAGGAAUAAAUAAUAUGAGACUC